AAAAAAAAAAAAGAAAAAAAGAAAAAGAACAAACAACACAGGACUGCCUUACCUGCACGUGAUAUCUAAACUGCCAAAAAUAGAGUUCAUGAUGCGACAUCAGCUCCACCUUUGCCUUGUCAUCCCCGCGGCAUCUCAUAAUUCACCGAAACAAACUGCUUUACAGCAUACCCAACCAUUACACCCCGAACCCAAACUACUGUAUACAUAUAAUACCUCCUAUAUACCAAAUACUUCUCUGACCAUGCCAACUGAAGCCGUCAGAACAAACAGACAACGCCAGCAAAAGCAAGUGCGCGAGAAGCGAGUAGAUCAAAAUCAACCCCAGGAGGAAACCGUCAGAUGGGAAGAAGCUGAAGCUUCCCUCGAAGACUUUGAGCUCACCUCCAUCGAGCGUGAGAGCGACCGCCAAACCGCCAUGGCCCUCUCCCUCACUGAAGCUGAAGCCGAAGCCGCUCGUCGCCGGACAGCAGAAUGUGCUCAUGGGACCCCCGAACAAGGAAAACGGCGGCGGACAGGACAAGCUACCAACCAUGGCUCCACCCCACAUCCACCGAAGACGGAACCUGAGGAGGCUGCCUGGAAUCGUGUCAAGGAGCUGGAACAGGAACUGUUUGACUUGCAGGUCGUGGUCAAGAAGCUACAGAACGCUUAUCCGCUGAUUCAUCAACCAAUUCGCACGGACAAAUAUCCGCGCCUGAGAGGAAAGAAGUUGACGGAGGAGGAGCGUCGGGCCAUGCUUCACUUGUAUGAGGUUUGCAUGGAAGAGAAAAAUAGCGGGAGAACGGUCUCAACAGCGGAUCCGAUUCUACGUACGGCGGUGUACUUUGGAGCGGGAAUGCAUACUGUUAAGGACGUUAUACUGGACAGGAAUCGGGAAGACAAGCGGGGCAAAUAUAUCCGCGUCAAGAAGACGGAUCUACAACAGCAACAGCACCGACAGAAGUCCAAUUCUGCAGAUGGUUCCGGACAAGGAGCCACCAGCUCUUCGGUUGAUCGAGAACAGGGAGUCAGCCCUCCAAGAGAUUUCGGACGAGGAACUAACUCUUCAGGAGACUUCGCACAAAGUCUUAGCACUUCGGCAGCCUCCUCACGAGGUCCUAGCCCCUCAUUCAUCCUCUCGCACAAUGGCCCCAGUUCAUCAUUCGCCCCCAUACAUGGCUCUAGUUCUUCAUACGCCCCUUCACAAGGCCCCGGCCCUUCGGCGGUUCCCUCACAAGGCCCCAGAUCAUCAGCGACCCCCUCACAUGGACCCAGUAGCUCUUCGGCCAUUCCCUCGCAAGGGUCUCACUCUGCUGAUUAUCAUCACCUGAUGCAUUCAAUGUAUCUUGCACAAAAUGGCUAUUUGGACCAAUAAAAGCCUGAUCAGAAAAUAU